AUAGCUUAGCCAGUUGGUUGCUCAGAUUAACGCAACCCUUCAGCAAGCAUACACGGUGUUUGGACCUUUACAGGGAGAAAAGUAUCAAAGAUGCAAACCACUCCUGUUCUGUUUCUGCUGUUCUUGCCAGCAAUAGUGUGGGGGCGGUGCAACAUCCCAGCCUACUUUCACGGUGACUGGUACAGUCGAGAAUCGGGUACAGACAUCAAAACUCUGAUCAACGCCGACAAGUGGGACAGUAAUGAGGAUGAAACACAGCUAGAGUGUGUGGACAUUUUCAUCCACUCCAACUCCGGGCUUCAGCAAGACGGAGACAAUGUGACUAUGCUUAUGGUCAAAACGGGAGGGAGUAAUUUGAACACAUGCUACAUGUGCGUCGAUGUCUUGUGGAGAACUCCAAACAUUCUACAAUAUAGACAAGAGGACUGUAUAACAGCGCGGUCUGGGAGCCAGAUUUCGCUGAACGAUUCCUGUAAGUCGAUGAACCCUUGGUACGGGCUUCCCAGCAUUGAUGUCACUUUCACCAUGUUCAAACAAUCCCUAGAGAAGAUUAACUGUGUAACAACAUUUGAGGGGGUGUAUCAGUUUUCCUAUGAAGUGGAUACCGGUGGUGGAGGUAUCUGUAACCACCCAGAUAGCCAGAUCAAAGCUUGCCAAGAACCUGGAUCUCAAUAUGUCGACAACAAUGUGUUUGUCAUGACGUAUCGGAAGUGCCUUGAUGUGUCGACGUCAAAAAAUGAACAGAUUCGGUACCAGUGUAUGGGUUCGUGGUUCGCGGUGAGGAGUGGAAUCGGCUACACCUAUGCUGCUGUUGCUGACACCGUGGAACAGGAUACCAGAGAAAAAUUCAAGUGCAUGAUGACAUUGAAGAACCAGAAAGAUGCCAACAAUCAGAUCCGAUGGGUCAUGUCUCGUUUCCCCGAUUGCACAAGUUUGAGUGGCGUUUACAGGGGUCCACUCAAAUUAGUUUUAACCAGAAUUCCAAUUUCCAACGAUUACAAUACCCCUCGCUGCAGUUUCGAUAAGGAUAUAGUUGGCAAUUGGUUCAUAAAGCGUAAUAGAAUGACUAUAGAUGAUAAAAUGCAUUUCCCUCCUGCACUGAAUCAAAUGGAUUUCUAUUUGUCCUGUCAGCAAACAAAUGGAACUCGAUAUCUUCUGUCACAAACAGUACUUGGUAAAUGUGAUGUGAACUAUGUGUGUAUGGACAUUGAACCAAGAAAUGAACGCUUUCUUCAACUUAAAGUUGGUGUGCCAUUCCGAGUGGAUCUCCGCGAGUUAGAGGACCCAGGACUUCUGUUUCGAGCUAAUUGUGAAACCCUGGCGGAUACAUCCGACAUCCUGCUUGAUAAAUACCCUAUUUCUAUUUAAGAUCUCAGUAAAAAGUUCAUCAUGUUAUGCUGCAUUGUUUUAUUUUACCACUUGAAUAAAACAUUAUUAAAUACCA